AUGUUACUGCCGCUGCUGGGCGCCUGUGUUGUGGUGGGGCCAUUCCAAGGCCCUGAGUGGGAGCCAGUGCAGGACCUGCUCUCCCAGAAUUGCAGCUGCAGGGACCCUCGGUGCUGCAGCAACCUACUUGUCCUCUGCCUCUUUCUGAUCUGGCAGGUCCGGCAUUAUUGGCACCAGGUCACCAGGACCCACCCCAGCAUGAGGAAUGUCAUCAAGGUGCCAGUGCAGACAUGGGCAGUGCCCUCCAUGAGACGUAAAACUUUCUUCAGGCUGACUCCUGAAUUCUUCUCUAUUCCUGGCGAGUUCAGGGUCCUGGAUGCUCAUGUCCAACAAUGGGCACAAAAGCAGAGAUGGGAAUACCGAAGGAGAUUCAAGGAAUCAUGGGCCCAGCACAGGCUCUCUCUGAAGCGCCCAUGUCAGGGCUCACCUGAAAGUGUCCACACUCUCUCUGAGCCCAUCUUUUGUACCACCUCCUUUUCAAGCACCUGUUUGCUCUCUCAGGACAGUUCCUGGGAAGCACAGCAGUGUCCUAGUGAUGGCCAGACUCAUCCUGCCUUGGACAUGUGCCAAAGGAUGAAGCAACUGCUGGUUCACUCCCAGGAAAAGUUGGUGCCACUGGAGCCUGUUGCAAGCAUGAGGUCCCACCCUACCUGCAUGAUCUUAUCUACACCUCUCUCAAUCCUCCCUUCAGCUCAGAGGCUGCAGUUCUGCCCCAGAGAGUUCCUGCCUGAUUCUUCCAACCAACAACUGAGAAUGCCCACCUGGACAUCCUGGGACUGCCUACAAGAGGCCUGGGUGCUGGGGAGUGAAAAACAGAUAGUAGGCAGAGAGGAUACCAGAGAGAUCCAGGAUCCAGGCUGUGUAAACCAGAGAGAGAGAAGAGAAGAGGAUGCCUGGAAAAUCCAGGCAUCUAGUGGGCAACUCCCAAUAGACUUUGGACUGGGGGAUGAUGCAGAGACUAAGGUCUUGAAUUGUGGAAAUCAGAGACUAGCAAUAAGCGAAACUGAUGGAGAGAUCCUGACAUCAGGGUGGGAGAACCAGAACCAGAUGGGAGUUGAGCAUAGAGCCAAAAUUCAGGAACUACAGAAGAGAAACCAGAGAGAGGUUGGAGGUAAAAAUCCUCCUGAAACCCAGGCACAUAUGGGAGAGAACCAAGAACAGUUAAAAUCUAAAAUUGAUGCACAGACCCAAACAACAGAGUGGGGGGACCAGGAUAAGAGUGGAGGUGAGGAUGCUGUGGAGAUCCAGACAUUUGAGAGGAAGAACAAGAAAGAGGACAGAGGGGAGGAUGAGGGGGAGAUCCAGGCCCAAGGACUGGAGAAGCAGGACCAGACUGGAGGUGGGAAUGACGAGGAAUCCCAGAUGUCCAAGUGGGGUAAACAAGACCAGAUUAGAGAUGAUACUGGUGCAGACAGUCAGACAGAAGAGGGGAGAAUCAAGAACCAGGUUGGAGGUGAGGAUGCUGUGCAAACUCAGACAUCUGGGACAGAGGACCUGGGAGAAGUCAAAAAAGAAGAUGUUGUUGAUACCCAGGCCCUGGAGUGGGGAAAAUGGCAAUGCCUUGGAAGUGAGAAUGUUACAGAGAUCUGGACUCCAGGGUGGGAGAAACAGGAUCAGGGUGGAAGUAAGAAAGCAGGGGAGACCCACAUAUCUAGGGGAGAGAACCAUAAACUACUAAGAUAUAAAAUUCAAGUGGGGAGGAAGAAGCUCAGGGAGAUAAAAGAGGAGGAUUGGGUGGUGAUCCAGGCACCAUGGUGGGGAAACCAGCAACUGAUAGCGAGUGAAAUUGACAGAAAAUUCCAGAUACUAUAUUGGGGGACUCCGAACCAGAUUGGAGGUGAACAUAGAGCAGAAAUUCAGGCACUAGAGAAGAGAGACCAGAGAAAGGAUAGAGACAAGGACGGUACAAAUACCCUGGUGCCUGAGGCUGAGACCCAGGGACAAUUAAGAGGUGAAACUGAGGCAGAGGCCCAUUCAGCAGGGAGGAAGAACAAGGAGCAGUUUGGAGAUGAGAAUGGUACAGACAUCCAGGCACUAGGAAAGAGAAACCCGAGAGGGGCUAAAGGUGAGGAUGGUAAAAAGAUCCAGGAACUUGGGGAAGAAAAUCAGAGUCAGUUAGGAAAUGAAUUGAAUGAAAAGAUUCAUAUACCGAAGUGGAAGAAUCAGGAACAUAUUAGAGCCAAGGAUGGUGCAAAUACUCAGGCAUCUAAGGCAGAGAACUGGGGAGAACUAACAAGUAAAAUUGAUGGAGAAACCCAUUCAGCAGGGUGGAAGAAAGAGGAGCAGGUUGGAGGUGAGAAUGGCGCAGAAAUUCAAAUACAAGGGAAGAAAAACCUGAGAGAAGCUGGAAGUGAGGAUGGUACAGAGAUCCAGACUCCUGGGGGAGAAAACCAGAGUCAUUUAAGAUGUGAUAUUGAUAGAAAGACCCAUUUAUCAGAGUGGAAGAACCAGGAGCAGAUGGGAGGUGAGAACAGAACAGAAAUUCAGGCUCCAGAGAAAGGAAACCAGAGAGAACCUGGAGGUGAAGAGGGAGUAAAGACCCAGAGACCUGAGAGAGAAAACCAGGGACAGUGCAACAGUAAAAUUGGAGGCGGCCACUCAUCAGGGAGGAGGAACUGGGAGCAGACUGGAGGAGAGAACAUCACAGAAAAUCAGAUAUCAGAGAAGAGAAACCAGGGAGAGGCUGGAAGUGAGGAUGGUAGAGAGAUCCAGAGACUGUUAAAAAGUAAUGCUAAGAGAAAGACCUAUUCAUCAGAGUGCAAGAGCCUGGAACAGAUUGGAGGUGGGAAUGGUGAGGAAAUUCAAAUACAAGGGAAAAGGAACCUGAGCGGGACCACAGGUGAUGAUGGUACAGAGACCCAGACUGCUGGAGAAGAUGACCAGGGACAGUUAAAAAGUGAAAUUGAUGGAGAUAUCCAGACACAAGGGCAAGGAAACCAGAACAAGGGUGGAGAUGAGAAUGCUGCAGAAAUCCGGGAUGCAGGGAGCCAGAGAAAGUGCAGAACUGAGGAUGCCGGACAGCCUCGAGCACCAAGAGGAGGAAACAAGGACCAGGUCAGAGGAAAGGAUGCUGCUAGGGCCAAUUUCCAAGUUGACUGUAGGAGUGAAGUGCUCAGAGAGAGGAAACACAGGCUGGCACAGCCUCCAGCCCUCACUGGUUAUGGAUAUGGUGUCAUGGAACAGAAACAGGCAGUGGUUGGGAAUGGUUUAGCCCCUGCUCUCUGUGCUAAGAUGGAGCCUCUCCCCCACCAGGGUGAGGUCUUCCUGCUGGCAGGUGGAGAGGAAGAGCAUCUGGCCAGCCAGGGCACAGCCCUUGUCAGGGAGCACAGAGUGGGGGUCUGUCCAGCUUCCCAGCAGGCCUGGCCUGAAACCCAGAGAAGACAACAAAGGGACAAAGGAGUGGAUCCAGGGAAGGCCUCUAAUCUGAUCUGGCAGCUCCAGAACCCACAGCCUCUGGCUACUCCCUUGGGCAUUCCCUCUGCCUGCCUCUCUCUCCUGUGUGGCCAAACCCCUCAAGCUGCCACAGCUCUGGUGGGUGUUCCUGCUAUCCUCACCGCCCCGCUCAAGUGGCCAGUCCUCAAGAAGAGCAAACGACUGCUCCUGGAGUCCCUCAUGCGGCGGAGAAUUGCACACCUGAAGUGGGGCCUCCCCCGGCGGGUCCUGGAGUCCUAUUUGCUAUUUAACAUCUUAGGAUCUUGCUCAUUGCCUCUAGCUGGGGUGAGGUUCCCUGGAUUAUACACAGGCCAGGAACUCCAAGGGCAGCAGGAAAGGCAUUGUGAGGCCCAGGGCUUCACUCCAGGCUUUAAGUCCCCAGAGAGAUCCCGGAGGGUUCGGUCCCCACAAAGAAAAAGCUCAAAACAUCCUACACAGGCCAGAGCUCUGGAAAAGUAUAGACCAUGCAGGUCAGACCCAAUGUGCAUUUCUAUCCCACCUGAAAAGCCCAGGAGAAUCAGGCCACCAGGGGGUGCCAGAGAACCACAGGCGAUCCAGGAAGAGGUUCCUAGGGCCAAGCUCCCUGCUCCCAGGAACCCCACACCUGCCACAGAGUCUAGAAGCUGGUGUAGCAGAGAAAGGGCCAAAGAACUUUACAGUGAGAACAGCAGGGGCAGGCAAAUGGUCGGGCCAGGGGUCUCCCAGACGGUAGAGAGGUCUCCCAGCAGAGUGAGGAUGUCAUCCUCCAGGGCAGGCCAGAACUGCUGGAAGAAGGAGCGUACAUCCUGGGAGGCCUGUAAACCCCCCAGACUCAAAUGUCAGCAUCCCACAUACUGGAGAAGAGGAAGCCUGGAGCCUGCAGAGGGCAGAGGGGCUGGGGAGCAGCCUUCCUCCUGUUCCACAGAAGACACCUCCAACUUCAAAGGGAGUCUCCACUCGGCCACAGCAAAGCUGAGCAUGACCUUUCCAGACAAGAUGUCCUGGUCCCCACAGCUGGCCACGCCCCGGCACUUAGCCCCCAACCUGAGCCUGAGGGAUCCUGAUCCUAUCCUGUUUCCCAAAGUGGGUGACCCACAUGCAGGGGAGGACAGCAUUGGAGUUCACACAUCUUUGGAGAGGGACCUUCAGCCACCAGGUCAAUGCUGUGCUGGGGCCACUCUUCCCAGGACAGAGAGCCUCCAGUGUCAGGGGGCACCUGGGAACUCAAAUGGGGCCCCACAGAAUUCACCAGCCCGCCAAAAGUUUGGUUUUAUGAAGCAAUUGAGGUGUUUUCUCUUCCGGCGUGGCUUUAAAAAGUAG